AGCCAUGCAUCGCCGCCACACAACGUUGAGGGAGAAGGGGCGUCGCCAGGCAGUGCGGGGCCCAGCCUAUAUGUUCAAUGAGCGUGGCUCGGCCCUCACUGCAGAGGAGGAGCGUUUUCUGGAUGCUGCUGAAUACGGAAACAUUCCUGUGGUCCGCAAGAUGCUGGAAGAGUCCAAAACCCUUAACUUUAAUUGUGUGGACUACAUGGGCCAGAAUGCUUUGCAGCUCGCAGUGGGUAACGAGCACCUAGAAGUUACUGAGCUGCUGCUAAAGAAAGAUGGUUUGGCUAGGAUUGGUGAUGGCCUCCUUUUGGCCAUCUCAAAAGGUUAUGUUAGAAUCGUUGAAGCCAUUCUCGCCCAUCCUGCUUUUGGUGGAGGUCUGCGGCUGGCUUUGAGCACUUUGGAGCAAGAGAUGCGUGAUGAUGACUUUUACGCCUACGACGAAGACGGAACGCGCUUCUCGCAUGACAUCACACCCAUCGUCCUGGCUGCUCACUGCCAGGAAUACGAAAUUGUCCACAUCCUGCUGACGAAGGGGGCUCGCAUUGAAAGGCCCCAUGACUAUUUCUGUAAAUGUUCAGAAUGUGUGGAGAAACAGAAGAAAGACUCCUUCAGCCACUCACGCUCCAGGAUGAAUGCAUAUAAGGCCCUGGCCAGUGCAGCUUACCUGUCGCUCAGCAGUGAAGACCCUGUGCUCACCGCCCUCGAGCUCAGCAAUGAACUGGCAAGACUGGCCAACAUUGAGACAGAAUUUAAGUUCGUUGCUCAUCCGAACUGCCAGCAGCAACUGCUGACUAUCUGGUAUGAGAAUCUGCCUGGCCUGAGGCAGCAGUCCAUUGGUGUGAAGUGCUGGACAGUCCUGGGAGUAACUGUAGGCCUUCCAUUCCUGGCUAUUGCCUACUGGAUAAUGCCAUGUAGCAAGCUUGGUCAGAUCCUGCGAAGCCCCUUCAUGAAGUUUGUGGCUCACGCUGUCUCCUUCACCAUCUUCCUGGGUCUCCUGGUCGUCAAUGCUUCCGACCGCUUUGAAGGAGUAAAGAACCUUCCCAACGAGACCAUCACAGACCAUCCUCGACAGGUGUUCAGGGUCAAAACCACCCAGUUUUCCUGGACAGAGAUGUUGAUAAUGAAGUGGGUAUUGGGCAUGAUUUGGUCAGAGUGCAAGGAGAUCUGGAGUGACGGACCCAGGGAGUAUGUCAUGCACCUUUGGAAUGUUCUGGACUUUGGUAUGUUAUCCAUCUUCGUGGCAUCCUUCACGGCACGCUUCAUGGCAUUCCUGAAGGCAUCCAAGGCCCAGCAAUAUGUCGACAUGCAUGUACCAGAUGACGACCUCAGCAACGCCUCACUGCCUGAUGAAGUGGCUUAUUUCACUUACGCCAGAAACAAGUGGCGCCCAUCAGAUCCUCAGAUCAUCUCAGAAGGCCUGUACGCCAUCGCCGUCGUUCUGAGCUUCUCUCGCAUCGCCUACAUACUGCCAGCCAAUGAGAGCUUCGGACCCCUGCAGAUUUCACUCGGGCGCACAGUCAAGGACAUCUUCAAGUUUAUGGUCAUUUUCAUCAUGGUGUUUGUGGCCUUCAUGAUCGGCAUGUUCAACCUGUACUCAUAUUACCUCGGAGCAAAGUACAACCCUGCCUUCACCACGGUAGAGGAGAGUUUCAAGACUCUUUUCUGGUCAAUCUUCGGGCUGUCUGAAGUGAUUUCGGUGGUGCUGAAGUAUGACCAUAAGUUCAUAGAGAACAUUGGCUACGUGCUGUACGGAGUCUAUAAUGUCACUAUGGUGGUAGUUCUUCUCAACAUGCUCAUUGCCAUGAUCAACAGCUCUUACCAGGAGAUAGAGGAGGAUGCCGAUGUGGAGUGGAAGUUUGCUCGAGCUAAGCUUUGGCUCUCCUACUUUGAUGAGGGCCGCACCUUACCCGCCCCCUUUAACCUCGUUCCCAGCCCUAAGUCCUUCUAUUACUUGGCCCUAAGGAUCAAGUCCUGUCUGAUUCACCUCUGCAAGGCCAACGGCCAUCACCGUAAUGAGGUGGAGAUGGGCAUGCUCAACUCCCAGACCAAGGAUGAACGCUUCAAGUCUUAUCCACGGCCUGGAGAAGAGUUCACCCAGAGAAAAGCUAGAAAACACCCCACCAGAUACCAGAAGAUCAUGAAGCGCCUGAUUAAGCGUUAUGUGCUUAAGGCUCAAGUGGACAGAGAGAGUGAUGAAGUUAAUGAAGGCGAGCUGAAGGAGAUCAAGCAAGACAUUUCCAGCCUCCGCUAUGAACUCCUGGAGGAGAAGUCCCAGGCCGCAGGCGAGCUGGCUCUGCUUAUCCAGCAACUUGGCGACAAGUUUGGCAAGAACACCAUGAGACACUGACAGGACUUGCAAGAAGAGAUGGGGAGAAUGU